CGUUUCAGGAGCUAGCCCACCGGAAAUUCCGGAAGGAGGGCUCAGUUGCCCCAAAGGAACAAACUCCGCCAGUGGAAAUUCCUCAGGCUUCGACGAAGAAUGGGAAGAGUACCAAAGAGACAGGUGGCCUCGUCCCCCGACCCACCGCCUUCCCCCGGGGGCUCCGAUGGGUUCACACCCCAUACCCCUCGUCCGGACGAGCGGCGGAGGGACAGCAGGAGAAAGCUCCUACGGCUAAGCCAAUGGCGCCGCUGCGGGUCACCGCGCGCGCCACGAACCAAGUUCGACUGACCGAGGCCGACAGGUACUCUGAAGCUGAUUCAGAGCGCCCACCGGACGAAGACUUCGACACCGCCUGGUUGACUCAACAGGAUCCUCCGCGCCCACCACCCGCCGGUCGUUACCGCGAUCGAAACAAUGGCGCAAGGAAUGAGCGCCCUCCACAGCAGGGUCGGUCUAACUUCCCCCCGACCAAGCCCCGAGCCUGCUUUAACUGCGGCAAGACAGGGCACGUGCAGAUGAACUGCCCCGAGCCACAGAAGAACACGGCCCGCUGGGCUAACGGAGAGAAAGUCGACUAUGGCUACACCGAUUGCGACACUGAAACAGUUUACGAAGACUGCGAGCCGCCCACUAUUCUGCACUCCACUUUUGAAGGAGAAUGGGUGCCAGACACUCCCUCGCCCCGACGGGCCUCGGGGACGGCCCCGGCCGCCCCCCGGAAAGAACGGGUUUGCCACUCCUGUGGAGUUAAGGGCACAGUGCGCACUUGUCUGCCGCACUUAGCGCCCAGCUGCCCGAACGGGCCCUGCACGAGGGCGCGCACCAAAAUGUCGCAGCCGAAGGUGCCUCCACAGAAGACGAAGUCCUCUCCGCAGAAGGAAAAGAUGCCUCUCAGACAGACAAGGUCAAAGCGAGCGACGCAGGAAGAACCGCAGGUCCAUUUGGUCACCAGGCCCAUUGUCUGGGAGCACCAACCGGAGCUUGAUCUCUCCGACGAAGAAUCCUACGAAGAGGAGGACUACGGAAACGUGCGCGUCACGCGCAGCGGACCAGAAGUGCUCGACCCUUAUGGGGCGCGCGCCCGGAUGCCAGCGCACAGAACGCCGGUGAUCAUCACACCCCCCUUGGCGCCUAGGCAGGUUCCACAGCCCCUUGGGCGUGACACUCACAGGCAACCGGCGCGAAGCCAGCAGGCCCCAGCGGCCGCGGCUCUGCACCCGAGCGGAAGGCCACGUGGCAUCGCCCCGGCGACCGAACACGCCGCAGGGCGUGCGACUUCCAAUCCGCCUGUCCCCUGUCCCUCCGUCACAGGGACUUUCCCCCUGAGCUGGUUCAAGACUGAGCCUUACCUAGCUCACGGCAGCCCUCAGCUCCUGCAGGACAUGAGUCGUACGCUCCGGAAAGUGGGCCAACUGGCAGCGACCUCUGCGGACCCCACCAACGAGCCAGUAGUGCGGAACGCCACGACCUUUCCAACUCCGGAACCACCGGUCGGAGAAGGGACAUUUUGGGAUCGAACGCGCUAA